GAUCCAUGUGCGAUGAACAGGAUGAUUGGGUGGAUGAAUUAAAAAAAAAACGAUUUCAAGUCAAGACAAUCGCAGACAGAAAAUUUCUCUUUUGACGACUAUACCGGACAUAAAAUCAUGGAGCAUUCGAAAAACAGCUAAAACUUUUGGGGUAGAUGGUAAAAAAAGCUAAAAACCUAAGAAAAAUUUGUGGAUAUGGAUCUUUUCCAGAUGCAAAAAUUGGCAAUUCGAUUCCCAAUAAGGUCCUAGAAGUAGUAAACAAUUGUUACCUGUCGGAUGAUGUGAGCCGUGUAAUACCGGGUAUGAAAGACAUUAAAUCGUUUCGCAAAAACGGUGGUGAACGUCAAAGAGUAUCGGUAAGGACUUUUUUAAAUCUUAGCUAUAUUGCCUCAACUAUUGACACGUUUUGGGAAAUAAAGAUUUCCCUGACCAAAUUUCGAGAAAUGCGACCCCCUUAUUGUAUUUUGGCUGGUGGAAAAGGCAGUCAUAAUGUUUGCGUUUGCAAAAUCCACCAAAAUCUAAGACUAAGAUACGCAGGAAUAAAGCAAACUUUGCUGAAAAAACAUAUUCAAUUCGAUAAAUCUUACCGUGACAGCUUUAACGAGAUGGUUUGUAAAGAAUCAAAAUCCAAUUGUUUUUUACUAAACUGCCAAAAAUGUUCCUUAGAAACAGUUAAGGAAACCGCGGCAAAUUUUUUAAAUAUACUCCAACGGGAAUUACCAGUAGUGCUAAAACACGAUUUCAUUGCGACAGCCCAAUCGUCAUUUUUAAAUAGUCUUAAGGCAACUAUAAAUGAGGGCGAAUAUAUUGUAACCUUGGACUUUUCUGAAAAUUAUACUUUCCUUAUUCAAGACGCAAUUCAAUCGCACCACUGGAAUAAUUCACAAGCGACCCUGCAUGUUUACGUCGCAUACUUCAAACAAAAUAAUGUUUUAAGAAACGAAAAUUUUGUUGUAGUAUCAGAAAGCCUUAAGCAUUCAGCUGCGUCAGUUGAUUUGUAUAACAAAAAGUUAAUACAGUACCUAAAAACAAAAUUUAGUGACUCUGUUAUCCGAAAUUUUUUUUAUUUUUCUGAUGGAGCUGGGUCUCAAUAUAAAAAUAAGUUUAAUUUGUCUUCGUUACUCUUACAUGAAUCGGAAUAUGGUAUUAGCGCGGAAUGGCAUUUUUUCGCAACGUCCCAUAGAAAAGGCGCUUGCGAUGGGAUUGGUGGAUGUGUAAAAAAUGCAGCGAGAAUUGCAAGUCUGCAAAAAACUAAUCAAAUAACUUCUCCAAAAGACUUUUAUAAUUGGGCUGUGGGUUACUUUAAAAAUAUUAGUUUUGAUUUUUGUACAAAUGAAGAAUACAAAACCCACGAGAAAUUGUACCAAUCAAAGGACCAUGAUAUUGAGAGAAUGAAUUGGCCACCUUUGUCUCCGGAUAUGAAUCCUAUUGAGGAUGUGUGGAGCAGGAUGAAACUGAAGAUGAAAGAGAGGAAAGGACGCAUGGAAAAUUUGGAUGAAUUGGUAAAUUCGAUUCAGGAAGAAUGGGAAGCCAUACCCCAGAAAUUUCUAAGUAACUUGGUCUAG